CUCGGGUGCGAUUAACAACAACAACAAAGAUGAGAGAGAAUCAUGGGUCGGCUGCCUCCCCCGCGCCCCAAACUGGGGAUGCAGCCUGCAACCCGGGCACGUGCGGGACCGGGCGUGGAACUGUGACUGGUUCACAGGCUGCCGCUCAGCCACACUGGCCUGGCUAUCGAGGUGCUCCGCCCGUUUCUGAAUCGGGACCGGGGUCCCCACCUGGGCCCUGCGCGCUCAGCUCGCACCCGCUGGGCUGCAGUGGCCGCGGUCCUGGGCGUGUUACGUGGUUCAUGCGGCGAUGCGCCCCGUGGGUGAAGGUCCUUGUGUUGUGGUUUGUUGCUGAGUUUCAGGAGCUUUUCCAACACGUCCUGGUACGGAUCCUGAAGAGACGCCUCAGGCAGCCUCCGCCCAGCGCUCACUGCAGCUCCUGGGACCUGAUGACCAACCGACCGGCCGACCUGGCGGGCCUUCUCCCUGAGGAGCCUCGUCCGCCGCCUCGUCCCUCCUCCUGCCGCCUGUCCCCGCGUCUCUGUGGGGCGCUCUGAUCUGCAGGGUCGCCCACCCGCCCGGAGGAGCAUGGGGGUGAGACACCCGUCAGACGGCGGGAACAGACAACCUCGCCAUCGGUGUGAGCCCUGCGUCCUGUCCCGAGGCCUCUGGCACGGAGCCGGCGCCAGCCUGACCGGCUCAUGGCAGCCCAGCGCCCAGGCCCCGAGGACCUCAGAGCCUCCGUGGGGGACACCCAGACGGCGCUUCCUGCUGCUUCACCGAGGGCCCCCAGGCCUCGGGCGUCCCCUGUGCGCUCAAGAACAGCCGAGGGCGAGCACCUUCUCCGAGCCCGUGGCUGUCCUCGCCUCCCCACCCACAGCCCCACUGCGCUGCCUGGGUGUCUGCGCGUGGGGAGGACACCUCCCUGCCCCUCCCGGCUCCCGGCCGCCCUCUUGUCCUUUCCGGACACAGGGCGGCGGGGGUCCUGAGAACCACGGCACGGGGCGGGGCGGGGGUGACCGCGAGCCUCCACCGCAGGGCAGUGGGCGGACACCUGCCCACGCAGACACGGGAGCAGCCAGAGGACUGGCAGCAGCGCCCGUGUCCUGCCAGGAGGCGGGGGACGCCACGCCCCUCUUAACCUGGGGGGUGCCCAUUCCCCGCCCAUUCGCGGCUGCUGAGCAGUUUCAGCUGCAGCCGCCUCGGCCCUCCGCUGCCCCCGGCGCCGGUACCUGUCCACGGGUCGGCCGCGCUGAGGUAGGACAGGAGCCCGCAGCUCAGCAGGAAGGCCAGGGCGGAGAGGAUCGCGUUCCUCUGGAGCCGGGACAGCUGGAUCCUGCCUGCGUCAGGGCGGAGGGGCACCUUUACUGGGACUCACACAAGUGCCCCGGCCCCGCAGGAGAGCUCACCCAGAACCUCCCGGGUGCAGAAGCACCGGGGCCGACGGUUUUUCCAAAUUCCGCCGUCAGGCCGAGGACAGACAAAGCAAAGCCACGGGACAGGACGUGACGUGUGACACCGAGGUUCCCGCUGUGGGAUUUUGUGGAUUAAACUCUCGUGUGUGCUCGCAGCUGCGUGCCGCUGGGUCCGGUGUGACUUCCUUCCGUCCAGCCACGGCCGCUGGGCCUGGACCUGACGGUGGCUCAGCCGGCCGGCGCCCUGGCUGAUGUAACAGGCAAUUGUCAGAAAUAAAACGAUGGUUACUCU